AUGCCGACCCUAAACUCGGCCUUUGCAGGAAGCGGGAACUUUUACUCGAAAAAGGACGUCGAAGACAUUGAGAAGGCCAACCCAGAGGACAUUGAAGCCCAGAAGACGACCGACGCAACCGCAGCCGCCGCUGCCGCCUCAUCCACCAGCCCGACAUCGCCAACAUCUGGCGGUUACGCGCGCGCAGGCCGGGGCGGGGCAGGGAAUUUCCACGAUGCGUCUUCCCUGCCGAACGCCAAGCAGCAGGAAGAAGUCGCCGGCAAGACGCGAGCGGCUGUGAGCGCCAGCCUCGCGCGGUCAGCGAGGGGCGCCUCGGGGCGGGGCGGCGCCGGCAACUACGGGGAAUCGGUUGUGCCCGGCGGCGGCGGCGGCGAGACGGCUGAGGAGGAGGCGAAGCGCAAGCAGGCGCUGGAGCGCAAGAUCAUUGAGGACGUCGAGGCCGGGCUCCCGAUGCCGCCGAGGGCGUACCAGCAUACCCCGAAGAAGGACGACGAGGACGCUUGA